AUGAAGGCAGAAACUCCUUCCUAUCGUUCCCUCCCUCUGGCGUGUUCGAACCGACGGUUGGCCACUGGAGGUGGAGGGGCGCUCUUAUUCAGUAUGGCAUCCGGGCACCGCGUUUGGGCGCUCACGCUGCCCGGGUUCGGCCGGGCAGAAAAACCUUUCUGGUCGUACACACAGUACGUGUGGCGCGACUGCGUGGGGGAUUUUAUCCGCGAGGUGGUCGGCGAGCCGGUGGUUCUGGGUGGCAACUCAAUCGGAGGUUACACGGUUUCUUCAGUUGCCGCCCAAUGGCCCGCCCUAGUCUCCUCCCUUGUCUUAUUCAACUCCGCCGGCCGCAUUGACCCAGACAUCCCCAUCCCCACCACCUCCACUUCCACCUCUUCCUCCGACUCCUCCAAUUCUUCUGGUCCCUCCUCCUCUUCCUUGCCCUCCUCCCCUCCUGACGGCCCUUUAUCCAAGGGUCCUCCCAAGCCGGUGGCCUGGCUGCUGUCUCGAGCUCUCUUCCUCUACCUGCGCUUUAACACAGGGCCCAUCCUCAAACGCUGCUACCCCGUGAGGCCUGAACGUGCUGACGACUGGCUACUUGGCGAGAUUUCCAGAGCAGCCACGGACCCAGGGGCAGUGGAGGUGGUGGAGAGUGCAUUCUACCUGCCCAAGCCAGAGCCUCUUAACAGCCUGCUCAUCCGAUACGGAGGGCCGGUGCUGGUGCUGCAGGGUAGCUUGGAUCCGCUCAAUGAUGCAGUGGCAAGGGCCAACCUCAUCACUGCCACCUGCCCUGGCGUUGCUUUGAAGCUCUUGAAAGCAGGGCACUGCCCUCACGAUGAGGUGCCAGAGCAGGUGGCAUAUCACAUGGACCAAUGGGCUCGCGCCACGUGGUGCUCUGUGGCCGAUGAGGAGGGCGACCAGCCAAUGGGAGCGCAGCGAGCAGCUGCUGCGGCCAGAUCUCCUGCCGAUGCUCUGGAGAUUUUGGAAGAGGAAGCGGCUGUGGGGGUGUUUGGGGGAAUGAUGGGCGGAGGGAAGGGAGUUGGAAAGAAGGCGUCAUCGCGAAGCGUAUCCUUCAGAACUAGGCGAUUAACUACCGUCUCCUUUCCACCGCCUCCGCCUUCCGGUAGACGAUUAAAGCGCGCUCUAGUAACAUGCGACGCGGCUCAGGGAAACGCGCCAGGAGGAGAGAACGGCGCGGCGAAGGCGAACGGCGGGUCUGGAGAUGGGGCAGAGGAGAUUAAGGACGUCAGAAAAGGCGGCGCGAAGGAAAAUGCGGCGGUGGCGAACGGGCGCGAAAGUCGCCAGGAGAAGCGGGAAGAUCAGGUCUGGGGGCGCCAGGAGAAGCGGGAAGAUCAGGUCUGGGGGCGGCGUCGUUUGUCGGAUCUGGAGCGGGAGAUUCUCGGGGUGCAACGGGGGGACGGGGUUCUCGCCUCCCCCAAGGGGGGAGCUUCCGCGCCCCCUAGGGGUUCCGCUCCCCCUCCUCCUUCCGCGCGCCCGCAGCUUCGCAGAAGGGACCCUAAUUCCAACCAGAAGUCGAUUUUGGAUGAACUGGAUGAGCAGGGGUUCGGGCAGCUCAGCGGCGGUGUGGAGGAGUGGGAAGCGGUGAAGUCUGCCAAGAGAGUGGGCGAGUGGUUGGAGGAGAAGACUAUCCGGAAGGAGGGAGAGGAUGAAAUGGCAGGUCCCCCGCUUGGCUUCAGCCUCGUGCUGCUUCUGGGAAUCUUCCCCGUCUGGCUUUUCCUGGUGCUAGUGGCAGGGGGAUGGGUGGAGCUGCCCCCACAAUUAUCCUCGUUACAGGAUCUCCUCACUACCCCCUAA